AUGCGUAUAGCGUCACUUCAGGCCAAGCUUGAUCGUAAACUUGGACCGGAGUUCAUCUCGCAGCGACCGGGGCCAGGCGGAGGGCCCAAGCUCACGUACGCGGAGGGCUGGAAGAUCAUCAACCUUGCGAACGACGUCUUCGGGUUCAACGGAUGGAGCUCAAGUAUUGUGAACUUGACUACCGACUUCCUCGACUUCAGCGAAGAAAGCAGGCGCUAUAACGUCGGAGUCACCGCCAUAGUUCGAAUCACCCUCAGAGAUGGCGUAUUUCAUGAGGAUAUCGGAUAUGGGAUGUUGGAGAAUGCGAAGAGCAAGGGCAUGGCGCUCGACAAGUGCAAGAAGGAAGCUGUGACCGACGGUGUCAAGAGAGCUUUACGGAACUUCGGCAACCUGCUCGGCAACUGCCUCUACGAUAAGGAGUACACGAAAGAGGUCGUGAAGAUGAAAGUCCCACCAGUGAGACGCAUAUAUGCGCAUCUCCAGCACGCUUCCCAGCUCACCUAA